AUGCCGAGUAAAUAUCUUCUCACGCCCCCGGAAGGCUUGCACUCUCUAACAUCUGGAAACACCAAAAAAAUUUAUCCAGACUUUGAUCCAUGGUCUCACACUCCAUUAGAUGAUAAAAUCUUCCUCAAUUUUGUAUCAAAGGGGUACUACAACAGUGCUAAAGUCAACUUUGAAAGCAUAUCAUCGAGGUCCUCACUUCAAGAAUCUUUGCCGGCUGUUUCGGGGCUCCUUGCAGAUCAGCUAUCAGAUGUCGUGCGUAUAAGAGAGGAGAAGAUUAACAGAAUUACGGCGAACUCUACAAGCUCGGCCAAGAAAAGCGGCAUGCCAAGCGAUCUCUCAGGCCCAGGCUUUUCGCUACCAAAGCGUGUUACUCUUACUGAUCACAGAAGAGAAUUGUGGCUCCAGGAAAUGAGUUCGCCUCAGUCAUCUCUCUCAGAAACUUCAAAGACAAUUCCACACGGAUUAAAGCGCCGACAACUAUUAGAGCAGUGCUACCUGAAACAAAUUCCAAUUCCUCGAGCAAUCUGGCUCAUUAAGUGUUGCUUCUCACUGGAAUGGAAAACGCUGGCAAACAAACAGGGAGCAACGCAAAUUGAAGACGGAAUUGACAAGUUGUUGAAAGAGUGGUCUGAGACUAUGGUACAUCUCCUUGAGCGACUAGUGUUUGAAAUGACUCAGUACUACAAUGAGCCCGUGAAACUGAGCAACUGGCGGCAAAAGAUAAAGUACUACUUAAGCUUGCUUGGGAACUGUUAUUCUCUGAACUUAAUGGAUUCCAACUUUUUUCAUCAUUGGCUUGUUGACUUCAUAGCGAAGAUCGAAAAUUUUGAAUAUCUUCCUAUGGCACUUCAUAUUUUAACAGUCUUUUGGGGAGGUAUUUUUGAAGCUUGCAGGCAUUCUGAAGAUCCUCAGCAGCUAUUUCUGGUAAACAAGAUGACAGAGGCUCUCUUGUACAAGUACUACAUGGUCACAAGCAGUCGAUCUAUGAUUAAUGACGAACAAUAUCUGAUUAACGAUGUUAAAAAGAAUAAUAAAGUCAACAAGACAAUUUUGGCAAAACUCAAAGGGUUGAUCGAAAAGAUCUUCCAAGGACAAUCUAUGGAAGCUUUUGUCUUUCCAAAUAACAACUGGGACAUCUACAAAAAAUGCCUUUACGAAAUAUUGCAGGUCGAUAAGAUUCGGGAGGACGAUGGAAGUAGCUCAGAAGCUUCAAAGAAGCUUGAGUUAAUUGUUUACAGAAACGAUUCGCUUAAAUUCAACACCAUCUUACAUGACGCAGAUACUGAAAGUCUUGGAUCGGGCAAUGAAACGCCAAAUAACCUUGAAAAUAUUUUUGUACCGGACACAGUGCUAAAGUUGAAAAGGAUCGAUUACAAGUUGACCAAGGCCUUGGAUGAAAAUUGUCCCGGCGACGAUUGGGCAACGUUUGCAGACCAGAAGCUGCGACGGGUUGAGCAAAUAAUUCAAAUGAUGUUAUGGGCAGUUCAUCCUUCUCGGAGUCACCACUACGAAGCAUCACAACUAGUUGCUAAGCUUCUGCUGCUCAAGCUCAAUUCUCGAAAUGGCAACCUUGAAUAUAGCUUGGAAGACAAAAUCUGGGCUCUUGUAUUUGUGUUCGCUAAGACCAAGUCUGAAGAUCUGAAGUUUAUGGUAUCUUUAACAAGGCUACAUCAGCUUCUCAAUGUUUUCAUUGGGUAUGGAAUCGUGAAAGUUCCUACUUACAUUAGAAAAUUGAUUAGUUCAGGAGUGCUUUAUUUGACGCAUUCUUCCGACAAGCUUUUCCACUGCAACCUUUUGAUUAACCUAAAAAUAUCCCCGCUUAUGAAAAUUCAAUAUAACAUGGUAUUAAGAAAUGUUCAUGAGUCGAACCCUGAAUUCUAUGACAAUUACAAUUAUGAUAGGUUGAUGGAAAUGCUUGAGGGUGCGAAAGAGUCACUUUCCAGCGGAAAUUACGAGUUUGUUAAAGAAGUCCCUUAUAGUAUUAAAUUGAUGGCUUCAGAGUGGUACUUGAAUGUCAUAUGUUCUCCUAUUGAUGGCUCUUUAAGGACGGUGAGGAAAUUGGAUGUAAUCGAGAAACUCAAGGUAUUUUGCGUUAACCUUAAAGUUUAUCAUCAAUUCUACAAGUGGGUGGAGUUCAUUGUUUAUCACCAGUUGUUAAACGACCUCGAAGCUUUGGAAUGCCUUGUUGAUAUUCUAAUGUAUUAUGACAAACUGUUCCCUUUGCUAAUCAAUGACCACACUUUAUUGAUGAAAACCAUACUGCAUCUUCAUUCUUUGAAAUUAGCUCCCCAAAACACUGCUUCUCAAAACCUUCUGCUCUUCAAUGACUUUUGGCUCUUUUUCAUGAAAAGGUUUCCUCUAGCCCUCGAGAUAGACACGGAUCUUCAGACGAAACUAAUAGAAGCCUACGAGUCUGAAAAAGCUCAAAUCGAGCGUUUAGCAAAGCCCCAUAGUCGAAACGACGGCACAUCUCCCUUGAAAGCCGAUAAUGAUAGCAUCCAGAGUGUUAAAAAAGAAUCCCAGAAUUUUCCUAGCGUUUUUCAACCAAAUCUGAAAUGCCUGCUGACUUCCGGUGAGGAAGAAAGCCUAAGAAAUGCUAGAAAAAAUAUGAGGGUGUUGAUGAUCAUAAACUUGACAGAGUACAAUAAGUUCAUGUCGAUUUUUCUGAAAAGAAGAAGCGCUAGCGACGAAGAACUAGCUCGUCUCAUUUCUCUUAAGGUGUUAUCUCUUAGCCUGAUCAAGAAAGUUCUUGGAGGGCCAGCGGUGGUUAACUUAUUAGACACAAGGUAUUGUGACUGCGGCAUGGCUUUCGAACUACAAAAGAAAACAUUCACAAAACAAAACCUGCGUCUGGUAAUGAAUGCACUAUGUGAAGAUCUUCCAGGAAGUUAUCAAAAACUGCUUAACGUAAUUGGAGAGUUUAGUACUACCAAGAACGGACAAGAGCAAAUAUCAAAUAUUGUCAACAAGGUUCAAGUUAAAGGAGGCAAAGACACUUUCUCUUUUAUCACUGACUUGCUUAACCUCGGCGUCAACAAUUCAGAAUGGGGUAAUUUCGAGCCUCUCCCAGAGUCAGCCCGUCAUGAUUUAUUUGAAGAUGACGGUGAAGUUACUGAAGAGGAGACAGACGUUCUUGAUUUAUUUUCGAGACUCAACUUUACAAAUCUUUGGAUCUUUCAAAUUUUAACCAGUCUUUAUCUUCAAAGUAUGAACUGCUUAAGUCCUGCCAAACCGCAUUUUGCUCUUGACAUUAUUGAGCUUACAGGUUGUGAUGUCGCUGCUUCCAAGUUGUUCGACAAAAUUUCCAACGUUGAGGUUCUUGAAAAAACACUUCAGACAUUAGAGGUUGACUUCUUUCAAAGAAAGUCUAUCAAGGACCCCGAGGUGUCCUACUAUUAUGUGAUCAUUGAAACUAUUGUGAAUAUCUCCAGAAGGCUGAAUAAGGUUUCCACUAGCAGCAUACCAAUGGGUGAAGAGUCAUUCAGGUUAAUGAAAGAAUGCUGCCAUGAAUUCAUAUCCAAAGAUCCUACAGACCUCGCUAAGCUUGAGUACAGACUAGACGCAUUUUUGAAAAUUUUAAUUGUUCAUCAGAAGUUUAUUUUAAAGGAGGGAUUAGAAAAGCCUCAACCAGCUUUCGAAGGCUACAGUGAAUUCUUGAGGAUGUUAUGUCAGCUUUUUCACAAAAUAGACUUUAGCUUGAAGCUUAAGCUUUUACUAUAUGAUGUCCUAGCCUCCAUGAAAUCAUUCGUGAUUUAUUCCUCAACUGGCAGGAACCAUCAGUUGUCUAUAAAGAAAAACCUAAAGGUUCCCAAAGAGCUUCUUGAUCUUCCUCCUUUCAAAAUUUCUUCAUUUAUGCCUGGUGAUAUUCCAUCCGGCGAGGCAAACAAGGUUGAACCUGGAAUCAAAGACAGAAAUCCUAGCGAUGAGCCGAGGAAGCCAGUAUUUUUUCUUUACAACAAGUCCUCAAAUACCUUUGAAGAAAAAUUAAGCCUUCGUCCAUUUCAUCUUCUUGACAACUUCCAAGAAGAGGGCCCUGAAUUCAAUAAUACGCCCUUGAAUUUGUGUUUGUUCAACGCAUCUUACUAUAGGAAGAACCCGACUUAA